AUGUCCACCCACAGCUACAAAAAGCACGACGACGCCGAGGGCGGUGCGCCGGACAAGAUGACGGUGUUCCAGGACUGUCUCCUGGGCUUCAACGCCCUGCCAGUGAGCGCGAAGAAGUGCCGCGGGCUCCUUGCAAAGUUGUUGCGUUUGCUCUACAGCGGGGAAACGUUCCCAGCCUCGGAGGCCACGACCCUUUUCUUCUCCAUCUCGAAGUUGUUCCAGCACAAGGACUCGUCGCUCAGACAGUUGGUGUACCUCGCGAUCAAAGAGUUGUCGCUCAUCUCGGACGACGUGUUGAUGGUCACCUCGUCCAUCAUGAAGGACGUUCAGAGCAACGAGCUCGUUGUCAAGCCGAACGCAAUCAGAACCCUCGCACGCGUGCUUGACGGCUCGACCGUGAACGCAGCAGAGCGUUUGAUGAAGAACGCGGUGGUGGAUAAGAACCCGAUUGUCGCGUCGGCUGCGCUUCUUUCGUCUUACCACUUGCUCCCGGUCGCGCGCGACGUGGUGAAGCGCUGGACGAAUGAGACCCAGGAGGCUGUCACGGCACAGAAGCUCCUCCCGAGUGACCAGUUUGCGUUGCACGAGUACUACGGCUCCAGCAACCUCCCGAGCGCCACCUACAGCUACCAGUACCACGCGUUGGGCUUGUUAUACCUCCUCCGCAACCACGACCGCAUGUCGUUGAUGAAGAUGAUCCAGCAGCUCUCGGGCAACAACUCGCCGUUGAAGAGCCCAAUGGCGAUCGUGCAGUUGAUCCGCUUUGUCGCCAAGAUCGCUGUUGAGGACCCAUCCGCCACCCAGGCGCUCUUCCCGUUGCUCGCGGCUUACUUGAGACACAAGUCGGACAUGGUCGAGCUCGAGGCGGCCAAGGCGAUUGUUGCGCUCAACGUGACCCCGGAGCAGUUCCUCCAGGCUAUUAACACGUUGCAGGUGCUCCUCUCGGCGCCACGCACGGUCACACGGUUCGCGGCGGUACGUGUGUUGAACCGUAUCUCCAUGAAAAACCCGGAGAAGAUCGUGGUGUGCAACGCCGAGUUGGAGGGCUUGGUCAACGACCCAAACCGCUCCAUAUCCACCUAUGCCAUCACCACCUUGUUGAAGACCGGCAGCUCUGAUAACGUGGACCGCUUGAUCAAGACGAUUGCCAAGUUCAUGGGCGACAUUUCCGACGAGUUCAAGAUCGUUGUCGUCGACUCCAUCCGCACGUUGGCGUUGAAGUUUCCUGAGAAGCACGGCGCCAUGUUACGCUUCCUCAACGAGCUUCUCCGUGAUGACGGUGGCUUCGCCUUUAAGAACUCCAUUGUCGAAGCCUUGUUCGACAUGAUUCGCUUCGUGCCGGCCUCCCGCGACGGCGCCUUAGAGCACUUGUGCGAGUUCAUCGAGGACUGCGAGUUUACUGAGUUGUCCGUGCGCAUCCUCCAUCUUUUGGGUGAGGAAGGCCCGAAGACCAACUCCCCAACGUUGUACAUCCGCCACAUCUACAACCGGGUAGUGUUGGAGAACUCGAUCAUUAGAUCCUCAGCCGUCAUUGCGUUGUCCAAGUUUGCUCUCCUCGGCGACGCCGCCAUCAAAAAGAACAUCCAGAUCUUGUUGACCAGGUGCUUGAACGACGUGGACGACGAGGUCAGAGACCGUGCGGCGUGGUCGUUGAAGUUGAUUGCGUCCGACCUCCCAGAGGCCCAGUCGUUUGUCUCGCCGCUCAACUACUCGUUGCCGGUCUUGGAACAGCAGUUGGCACUCUAUGUCGCCGGCGACAAAGCCACCUUCGCGACACCGUUCGACAUCCACGCGAUUCCGGUCAUGUCCGAGGCCGAGUUGAACGCGAUCGAGUUCCGCGAAAAGACCGACGCCGAGCCGGUUACCGAGAAGGUUGAGGAACAGUCGGACCUCCUCAAGACAUCGCUCUUGCAGCAGAAGUACUCACAGGAGCUCUCGGAGAUUCCCGAGAUUGCCGCGUACGGUUCGUUGUUGCACUCGUCCAAGGUGGUGGCCCUUACCGAGAAGGAGACCGAGUUUGUUGUCACCACCGUUAAGCACGUGUUUGCCAACCACUUGCUCUUGCAGUACGAUGUGGAAAACACGUUAACCGAUAUUGAAUUGCACGACGUUACCGUGAUUGCCCAACCCGACAGCGACGCUUACGCUGAGGAGUUCAGCAUGCCGAUCGACGUUUUGCGCGCGGAGUCCAAGGGCACCAUCUACGUGUCAUACACGAGACCAACUGAAGUUGGAACGGACUUGUUGGCGGCAUUCGGCAACACCUUGUCGUUCAUCACCAAGGAGGUCGACCCAGACACCCAGGCCGCCGAUCCGGAGGACGACGGGUUCCAGGACGAGUACCAGAUUGAGGACUUGGAGGUUGGCCCCGGCGACUUUAUCGUGCCGGCCUACAUGGCGAACUUCACGAGCAUCAUGGACGCAUUGCCGCACCAGCAGUCGGCCGUGUUUAACUUGGGUGACGGUGCGUCGGCGUUGCUGGACACUGUUGCGAAGUUGGUCACGUCGUUGUCGAUGCUUCCGUUGGAGAACUCCGAGGUUGUGGAUGGGAACAGCCACGUGUUGAAGUUGUUCGGGAAGACGAUUUGGGGUGGCAAGGUUGGGGUGAGUAUCCGCUUGGCACACAAUGCGGCAAAGGGCACGUUGGCGAAGGUGGAGGUGCGUGCGGAGGAGGAAAACGUAGCGGAGAUGGUUGUUGAGGGGAUUAACUAG